CCCGCUAGUACUCUGGGCACUACCAGCCAGCCAGUGUCACCAGGUACCUCCGCAGCCCGCUAUGUCACCCAGUACCCACAGCCAGCCAGUGUCACCCAGCACUCCACAGCUCGCCAGUGUCACCAGGUACCUCCGCAGCCCGCUAGUGUCACCCAGUACUCCACAGCCAGCCAGUGUCACCCAGUACCUCCACAGCUCGCCAGUGUCACCCAGCACCCCACAGCCCGCCAGGUCACCCAGGCCCACAGCCAGCCAGUCACCCAGUACCUCCGCAGCUCGCCAGUGUCACCCGGUGCCUCCACAGCCGCCAGUGUCACCAGGCACCUCCACAGCCCGCCAGUGUCACCCAGUACCUCCGCAGCUCGCCAGUGUCACCCAGUACCUCCACAGCCCGCCAGUGUCACCCAGUACCUCCACAGCUCUGCAGUGUCACCCGGUGCCUCCACAGCCCGCCAGUGUCACCAGCCCGCCAGUGUCACCCAGGCACCUCCACAGCCCGCCAGUCACCAGGUACCUCCACAGCCCGCCAGUACCACCCAGUACCUCCGCAGCCCGCCAGUGUCACCCGCACCCCACAGCCCGCCAGUACCACCCAGUACCUCCACAGCCCGCCAGUGUCACCAGGUACCUCCACAGCCCGCCAGUACCAAGUACCUCCACAGCUCUGAGUGUCACCCAGUACCUCCACAGCCUGCCAGUACCACCCGGUACCUCCACAGCUCGCCAGUGUCACGGUACCUCCACAGCUCGCCAGUGUCACCCAGUACCUCCACAGCCCGCCAGUAUCAUCCAGUACCUCCACAGCCAGCCAGUACCACCGGUACCUCCACAGCCCGCCAGUAUCACCCAGUACCUCCACAGCCCGCCAGUACCACCCAGUACCUCCACAGCCCGCCAGUGUCACCCAGUACCUCCACAGCCCGCCAGUGUCACCCAGUACCUCCACAGCCCGCCAGUGUCACCCAGUACCUCCACAGCGCCAGUGUCACCCAGUACUCCACAGCCAGCCAGUACCACCCAGUACCUCCACAGCCCGCCAGUGUCACCCAGUACCUCCACAGCCCGCCAGUGUCACCCAGUACCUCCACAGCCCGCCAGUAUCACCCAGUACCUCCACAGCAGUACCACCCAGUACCUCCACAGCCCGCCAGUGUCACCCGUACCUCCACAGCCGCCAGUGUCACCCAGUACCUCCACAGCCCGCCAGUGUCACCCAGUACCUCCACAGCCCGCCAGUACCACCCAGUACCUCCACAGCCCGCCAGUACCACCCAGUACCUCCACAGCCCGCUAGUGUCACCCAGUACCUCCACAGCCAGCCAGUACCACCCAGUACCUCCACAGCCGCCAGUGUCACCCAGGUACCUCCACAGCCCGCCAGUGUCACCCAGUACCUCCACAGCCGCCAGUGUCACCCAGUACCUCCACAGCCCGCCAGUGUCACCCAGUACCUCCACAGCCCGCCAGUGUCACCCAGUACCUCCACAGCCCGCCAGUGUCACAGUACCUCCACAGCCCGCAGUACCCAGUACCUCCACAGCCCGCCAGUGUCACCCAGUACCUCCACAGCCCGCCAGUGUCACCCAGUACCUCCACAGCCCGCCAGUGUCACCCAGUACCUCCACAGCCCGCAGUGUCACCCAGUACCUCCACAGCCCGCCAGUGUCACCCGGUACCUCCACAGCCGCCAGUACCCACUCCACAGCCGCCAGUGUCACCGGUACCUCCACAGCCGCCAGUGUCACAGUACCUCCACAGCCGCCAGUGUCACCCAGUACCUCCACAGCCCGCCAGUGUCACCCAGUACCUCCACAGCCCGCCAGUGUCACCCAGUACCUCCACAGCCCGCCAGUGUCACCCAGUACCUCCGCAGCCCGCCAGUGUCACCCAGUACCUCCACAGCCCGCCAGUGUCACCCAGUACCUCCACAGCCAGCCAGUAUCACCCAGUACCUCCGCAGCUCGCCAGUGUCACCCAGUACCUCCACAGCCCGCCACUGUCACCCAGUACCUCCACAGCCCGCCAGUGUCACCCAGUACCUCCACAGCCAGCCAGUAUCACCCAGUACCUCCGCAGCUCGCCAGUGUCACCCAGUACCUCCACAGCCCGCCAGUGUCACCCAGUACCUCCACAGCCCGCCAGUGUCACCCG